AUGUCACAAUCACGAAAACGACAUCGUGGUCAGCCCGGAAACGAUCGCAAAUUCUAUUUGAGUCAACUUGUACAAGAGUAUCAUACGACUAAAGAUAUAGAGGCUAAACAGCAGGUGCUGGCAAACCUUGGAAACUUUGCAUAUGACUCAAUAAAUCAUAACUGGCUUUGGCAAGCUAAUGCGAUAGAUGUGUUUUUUGACGCAUUAGAACAGCAAGAUUCGCUUUUACAAGAAUUCGGUGCAGGAGGUAUCGCCAACAUCUGUCUAGAUCCUCAGCAUUACCAGUAUAUCUUAUCGAAUACUAAGCAUAUUGAAUCAAUCAACGCCAUCGUUGAAGACGGCACUCGACACGAUACCAGUACCACCACUGAUGCAGUCGUUAAUGCCAUGACUACUCUGAUGCUUCUUAUCAAUGACACUUCACAUCAAGUCAUUUUAACGGACGCACUAAAGACGAGCUUGUUACGAUUGAAACAGAACCGCCAAGUUGACACUCGAAUCAUUACGGUCGCGACAUUGUUUUUGACGGACUAUUUCCCCGAUAAGACGACGUAA